AUGAAUGGGUCAACCAAUAUACCGUUACAAGGCCUGCAGGGGUUACUGACAUCGGAAAGCGCACCGCUAGCUGAAGAGGAGGAUCUACCCCCGCAACUAGCCCCUAUUUUAGGUGUGCAGCCCCCGAAAAUUGUUAUUGGUGCCAUUCUCAGUCUGCUAGUACUAGCCACUGUUAUCGGGAACGUUCUUGUAUUCGUUGCUGUUUCGCUUCGCAAGAAUUUACGCACUGUAUCUAAUAUGUUCAUAAUGUCUUUAAGUGUGGCUGAUUUCUUGGUUGGCACAGUAGUUAUGAUCCCCGCCAUGUUAAAUGAGAUAUUUGAUGAAUGGCUCUUUUCAAAGACAUUUUGCUCUAUCUGGGCCUCUUUUGACGUAAUGUUGUGCAGUGCCUCAAUCCUCAAUGUAUGUCUUAUUAGUCUGGAUCGUUACCUCGUCAUCAUGCGGCCACUUCGUUACAACACCAUAAUGACCAACCGGCGAGCUAUCAUCCUGCUUCUUAUGUGCUGGUGUCUAUCGAUAAUAAGCUCUUUCGUUCCAAUCGAAACCGGAUACCACAACCCAGACGUCCCUUCCCUGGAAAAUCUUACUCUGUAUAGUCAAAGACCAAAGUGCCUCUUCAUUGUUAGCAUGCCAUUUGCAUUGUCCGUCUCUAUGGUAACAAUAUUUUUACCUAUUGUUGUCGCCUUUGUUCUGUAUUAUCGGGUUUCUAAAGAAGCCAAAAGACAGUCUUGUAUUCUCGGUACUCUUAUAGCGCCAACUAAUGUCUUACUUGGUCAAAAAGUCGCUUCGAAACAUAUACGGGAACCGUUCACUCGAAAAGCUACCGUCACCCUUGGUAUUAUUGUUGGGGCCUACGUGGCAACGUGGGCUCCAUUCCUAAUUUUUAACAUUGUUGAGGCAGUUUGUAGAUGUAUACACCCAAAACUGUUCUCAGCCACUGUUUGGUUAGGUUAUUGCAACAGUCUGGUCAACCCGAUUAUAUACCCGUUAUUUAUGCGAGACUUCCGUCGAGUUUACAUGGAGGGCUUGACGAUAUGUUGCCCGUUCAUUAAGACAUUGAAACGAGCGAAAACUAAGACGACGGACUAUAUUGUAAUGCAACGAUCGGUGUCAAGGUGA